AUGGACAUUGAACGCCAUUUAAACAACCGCCCACUAACCUACAUCGAAAGUGACGGAGGGGAGCCUCAAGUACUGACACCCAACACCAUUUUAUGGGGCGACGAUUCACAUAUUUUAGAAGACCGAGAAGAAGACGAAAGUGAAGUUACGAAGAUGCAGAGACGUCUCAACGCCGCCAGACAACACGCGUGGAACCGUUGGCACAGAGAAUACAUACACAGCCUUAUGGAAUCUCAUCGCAUAGUCAAAGGUGACGGACAACUGCCGAAAGUCGGGGAGAUCGUAUUAGUACUCGGGGAAGAAAAGAACCGUGGGCUUUGGAAGAAAGGCAAAGUAUUGCGACUUAUAUUGGGAAAGGACGGAGUUGUGCGAGGAGUUGUACUUCGGCAUAAGGGCCACGAGAUUGAGCGACCUAUUCAAUUAGUUUGCCCUCUAGAGAUACGUAGCAGCGAAGUAGAAGAGCCGAAAGCGCCAACGCCAGAAGUCGAGGAGAAACAGGAGAGACCACCAAGGCGUGCAGCAGAGAAAGCAAAGGAAAGAAUUCGACACUGGCUUGCUGAUGAGGACUGACUGGAGAAACUAUUUCAUUGUACAUUUCGUUGAGUUAAAAUUAAGUUACACGUAAUUUUAAGGGGAGUGUGACC